AUGGCGCAUGCCCAGGAUUCCCAAGAGCCCCAUAAACGGAAACGGGACGCAGACGACGGCGGCGCUCAGCCAGCUCACUCUGAUCGCAUUCCCCAGCCUCCUCCGCCUCAGUCAGGCAAUGCAUCCAUCAUCAAUUACCUAUCCAAAGCCAGUACUGGCAGACUCCAGCUCAUUCAGGGAGAGCCUGACACUUUCUCGGACGUGCUUGGUUUAUUAAAUCAGUACGAAGGAGUUCUCAAUAGACAUGAGAGUCUCGCGGCGAACUUGGGCGCCAAGCUCACCGGGCCCCGUCUUCUAAAAGCUAUGGAGGGAGCUUUUGAGGGGCCCAUUAUCACCAAUCCACCGCCUCCAUAUGGCGCGGCACCCGUCAGCUGGCUUGAUAUUGUCACAUUUGCCAAAACAAAUCCCGAGAAGUUCGUUCUGACCACCGGGCAUGACGGCGAGCGCACAUGCCAGUUCUACUUGAACGGCAUUCAGACCCAGAUCCUGGAAGAUGACUGGCGGCUCAUCAUCAACGGUGCCUUGGACAGGUUCUCUGUCGUGUCUACGGCUCCCUUGGAAGAGGAUGAGACGGCUGAGGUUGCGACACUGGAAAUCGUGGAGCAGCGAUUACAAGUUCUCAUCAAGAAGGCCGAUGAGAUCGCCAAAAGGGCACGACAGCUCAACUACCACUUGAGCGGCCGCAGAGCCGGAAUCAACUCGCGCCAUGGCGGGCAGCAAGGAAGCAGCUCGGCCUUUCAGUCAGUCAACCACUCCAGAGGCCACGUUGCCCACGGAGCCGGAUACGACCUGCACGCAGACCUGCUCCAGCAGUUUCUGUCAUCUUCCCAAGCCUACCCCCCUCGGGUGCCCUCUAGCGCCGGCCUCGAGCAGGCUCAUUCGACGGGCCAACACACACCGCCCGCGACAAUUUCUCACCCGCACUCACUACCCCUACAGGGGCGCCCAGUCGUCGUACAUGCGCCGCCUGUCAUGCCACAGAGAGAUCCGUCGUAUGACCCGUCGUCGCCGCAUCGGGCCAUCAUAACCGCAAGGAUAGAAAAGUUGAACAAGGGAGAUCAGAUCUGGCCGCCGUGCGACCGCUGCCGCAGGCUCAAGUCGCCGUGCAUCAAGCAUCUGACGGCCUGCCAGGGCUGCACGAAGAAGCACGCCAAGUGCGGGUGGAAAACGAUUACCGAAGAAGAGAUAAUCUGGCUAAAUCGCGAGGCCAGCAGCAGCGCCGACGAAGCGCCGCACGUAGAACCGAGCCCGGUUCAACCGGCACCGGUGAGGAGAUUACAAUAUGACCCGACACAGGACGACGGUCGAUCCCAUGACGGCCGGUCCCAUGAGCCGCCGCCGCCGCAGGCGCACCCGCCAACGUCAUCGUCCGCGAAUCUUAUGCCAGGAGGAGACUUAUCUCGGCCGGCUAGCAGAGGCCAGCAGGACCAUCGCCAACGGUCACCUUUAGACCCCGGAUCUCGAAGCAGGACAAGCAGUUUCAUGGACGUGGAGCAUGAACCGCCCCCGCCGAUGAACCACAAGGCGUGGAUGCCGGAGCCACACCCGCACCGCGGGGAGCAGCAGCAGCAGCAGCAGCAGCAUCCAAACCAAUUGCCCAGCCUGAAGAAUGACCAUAUGCUGCUCAGCCACAUGGCAUCGGCUGCGACUGCAGCAGCCGAUGCGCGGGAUGCCACUUCGACGCCCGCGAGUAGCAUGGUUGGGCGAUGA